AUGUCGGCUCAUACCUUCCAUAACACCGGCCUCAUUCGGGGCCAUUUCGAGUAUCUAUCCAUAUUUAACGAUUAUGUCAUGAAUGAGCAACGGAUUGUCGCGACUACCAAGUUUCAACAUGUUGCUCUUCUCAAGAAAGCCAGACAGUAUUACGUUGCAGCGCUUCGACAUAUCAAUGCAGCCUUAUUGUCCUGCCAUGAAGCAGCAAAGAAUGCUACCAUUAUCUCGAUUUUGUUACUAAACACCUUUGAGGCUCUGACUUGUGAGAGUGAGGACUUCCCCUAUCAAAGAGAGACUCACUUAAAAGGUGUAGCGUCGAUAUUGGACAUUCGAGGGGUGGGACUUGUGCAAUCUUGUCCCGGGCUUCAGUUGUUUCGUCAAACCCUCCUCUGCAUUUCAGUGACAUGCAUAAUGCGCUCAUUUCGAAUACCCAUGGGAUUGGUAAAGCUUCACCGCCACACUGCUGCUUACAUGGAUACUAGUGAUCCUGCGUGGAAAUUGUCAGAUAUCAUGAUAGAACUGUCCUAUUUCCACGCAAUGGUCAAGGACCGUACGCUCUGCGAUCCUGAGAAAAUAAUUGCAUCUGCCAAAGAAAUAGACCACAACCUCUGCUCGCUCGCGGGGAACAUGCCCGAAGCUUGGCAAUUUCAGGUCAUCGAGUUAGUGACUACAUCUGAACCCGUCAUGGGAACGCAGUAUCAUGUGUAUCCUGAUGCAUGGGUCGCAGGUGUGUGGAACAACAUCCGUGCAUGUCGGUUACUUUUGCAUGGUGAGAUCAAGCAGCAAUUGGAGAGUGUGCUGGACACUUCUCUAUACGAUGCUGUCCAGUAUCAGCACUCAGUCAUAAUAAUGCAACAGGUCGUUUCAGACAUUUGUGCUUCCGUGCCUCAAUACUGUGGUUACCUACCAGUAAAGUCUGGUAGUGUAUCAUACACGCAAACAGUCAGCAAUGGGAUCCCCGCUAUCGCCGGUAUCUACCUCCUAUUCUGGCCUCUGUUAUAUGCCGGGCAGAUGGCUAAUUCGGAAUAUCAGCGAGAUUGGGUCAUCAAUCGCAUGCGCUAUAUCGGCGAAACAACCGGUAUUCAGCAAGCCUUUGUGUUUGAGGAUAUACUAAAGCGGGGUGUGGACCCUUUUCAAUAG